CGGGAUCUGUGGUCUGGUCGUGUCGUGAGACUUUGGUUUGUCGGUGUUGAGCUGACCUCGUGCGAGAUGAGUAGAAGGUUGGCGAAGUGGGAGGUGAACAAAUCAGUGCAGAUUUGUGGGGGAUGAAGGUUUAGAGAAGUCUGUGGAAGAAAAGGCAGUACAGUGCUUUCUAAGCAGCUAUAGUCUCCAAGGUGGACAUUGUCGUUGUUGGCUGGCGCUCUGUGAUCUCAUUCCAGAGGUUGACCAGGUCCUUUCCUCUGCUUCUGGAGUGAUCGAAUUUGCUGCCUUCACUGCAUCGUCGCAGGGUUCAAGGGCCUAGCUUGAUUCCGCUUCCUUCAGUUUCCGGUUGAGCGAUGCAGCUGAGUGAGAAGUAAGGUCGAGGUCGGCCGUGCUGUUAUGGUGUGUUUAUAAGUGCUCCGGCGUUGUCUAGAGAGGAGAGCAGUCAUGCCUGCGACCAAAAAAACAGCCUCGCCACCAGCACUUUCAGGAUGGCAGCAACGAGCAUCUCAAUUUUAUUGCCUUAUCAUGAUGUUUGGCUUUCCUAUUUUCAGUGUUCCUUGUCCCAAGGGUAAUUGCACGAGUCCCCUUGAUGUGGUUGCAACCCAUGCUUACGUCAAGAAUCUAGCUUCGGAAGAUGUGAUCAAAGGGAUCCUGUACCCAGCUUCAACGAUGAUGAAAAUGGAAGUGCUCAUGACCGCUGACCCGCAAAAUUUUUCACUUCCUCAAUGGGACCAGAUUCUUACGACCUGGAAUCUGACCUCGGACAUGGUGGAGAAAGAUGGUGAUGGAGAUAAUUUCGAGUUCACCAUAAUACCGAAUAUGCUGACGAUGUUCGAAAAGAACGGCAAAACCCUAAAUUGGGAGUUUGUUGGAGCUUGUAUAAUAUGUUUGAUGGGGGGAUUCUUCUCCAUCGCAGGUCCAAAUAAGUACAGCAUGUGGGGAAUUCUCCUUGUACUGUGGUACAUUUACCAAGAUGGUGGGAGAAGAUCAGAUGUCGUCGCACUGCCAAUGUACUUUUUGGCUUUCAUUUGUUCUCUCGGGUGGAUUAACUUCCAGAAUUUCUUCACAUUGCCUCCAGAUCCGAAAAAAGCCCCUGCUACUGCUACUGCUACUCCUGCUGCUACUGCUGCCGCUGCAACACCCGCCGAGAAGAAGGCCAAAGUUGAAUCCAAGAAGAAACAAUAAAACUCCCGUUUUUAUAGACUUCGCAGUUUCAAAUGUUCACGCCUUUGUAUGCCAGUCCUCCAGUUUUGCUUAUUUAUGAUCAGAACAGUUUUUGAAGUACUUGUGUUUUUUAAAUCAGUACUUCAAAUUUGUACUCUCAAAUUGCUGCAAAUAAUCUCCGUGGGUUAUGUAUACAUAC